AUGGUGAACCUGAGGAAAGCGGUGCAUUCGUUCCUCGUGCACCUGAUUGGCCUACUGGUUUGGCAAUGCGAUAUUUCUGUGAGCCCUGUUGCAGCUCUAGUAACUGACAUUUUCAAUACCUCCGAUGGUGGACGCUUCAAAUUCCCAGACGGGGUACAAAACUGGCCAGCACUUUCAAUCGUCAUCAUAAUAAUCUUGACAAUAGGUGGCAACAUUCUCGUUAUCAUGGCAGUAAGCUUGGAAAAGAAACUGCACAAUGCCACCAAUUACUUCUUAAUGUCCCUAGCCAUUGCUGAUAUGCUAGUGGGACUACUUGUCAUGCCACUCUCUCUGCUUGCAAUCCUUUAUGAUUAUGUCUGGCCACUACCUAGAUAUUUGUGCCCCGUCUGGAUUUCUUUGGAUGUUUUAUUUUCUACAGCGUCCAUCAUGCACCUCUGCGCUAUCUCGCUGGAUCGGUAUGUAGCAAUACGUAAUCCUAUUGAGCAUAGCCGUUUCAAUUCGCGGACUAAGGCCAUCAUGAAGAUUGCUAUUGUUUGGGCAAUUUCGAUAGGUGUGUCCGUUCCCAUCCCAGUGAUCGGACUGAGAGACGAAGAGAAGGUGUUCGUCAACAACACCACGUGCGUGCUGAAUGACCCAAAUUUUGUUCUCAUUGGGUCCUUCGUCGCUUUCUUCAUACCGUUGACGAUCAUGGUGAUAACGUAUUGCCUGACGAUCCACGUUCUUCACCGUCAAGCUCUGAUGUUACUGCACGGCCACAUCGAGGAACCGCCUGGAAUAAGCCUGGACUUUCUGAAGUGCUGCAAGAGGAACACGGCCGAGGAAGAGAACUCUGCCAACCCUAACCAAGACACGAACCCACGCAGAAGAAAGAAGAAAGAGCGACGUCCGAGGGGCACCAUGCAAGCUAUCAACAACGAACGGAAAGCGUCGAAAGUCCUUGGCAUUGUUUUCUUUGUGUUUCUGGUCAUGUGGUGCCCGUUUUUCAUUACCAAUAUUCUGUCGGUUCUGUGUGGGAAGGCCUGUAACCAAAAGCUCAUGGAAAAGCUUCUGAAUGUGUUUGUUUGGAUUGGCUAUGUCUGUUCAGGAAUUAAUCCUCUGGUGUAUACGCUUUUCAACAAGAUUUACCGAAGGGCUUUCUCUAACUAUUUGCGCUGCAAUUAUAAGGCAGAAAAGAAGCCUCCCGUGAGACAGAUCCCGAGAGUCGCUGCUACUGCUUUAUCUGGGAGGGAGCUUAAUGUUAACAUUUACCGGCACACCAACGAGCCCGUGAUUAAGAAAGCUAAUGACGACGAGCCCGGUAUAGAGAUGCAAGUGGAGAAUUUGGAGCUACCAGUAAAUCCCUCCAACGUGGUUAGUGAAAGGAUCAGCAGUGUGUAAUUCGGAGUGUGCAAGCAGCAGUCUUUUCCUAUGGUAAAGCUACAAA